ACCCUGUUUGAGCUGCGAGCCAAUGGGAGAGAGGAGGAAGAAGAGCUGCUCGCCGGAAGUGAGGUGUUGGCGUUUGCAGCGGAGCGCGGCGGGCAGGCAGGUGUUUUCAUCUGCAAAAAUGGGUGAACCUCAGCAAGUGAGUGCCCUUCCUCCACCUCCAAUGCAAUAUAUAAAAGAAUAUACUGAUGAAAACAUACGUAAAGGGCUGGCACCGAAGCCCCCUCCACCUGUGAAAGACAGCUACAUGAUGUUUGGUAAUCAGUUCCAGUGUGAUGACUUAAUUAUCCGACCCUUGGAAAGCCAGGGUAUUGAACGGCUGCAUCCUAUGCAGUUUGAUCACAAAAAGGAAUUAAGGAAACUUAACAUGUCUAUCUUGGUCAACUUUUUGGAUCUCUUGGAUAUCUUGAUAAGGAGUCCAGGGAGUAUAAAGCGAGAAGAGAAACUGGAGGACCUGAAACUGCUUUUUGUUCAUGUGCAUCAUCUUAUAAAUGAGUACCGUCCCCACCAAGCCAGGGAGACCCUGCGAGUCAUGAUGGAAGUGCAGAAACGUCAGCGUCUGGAAACUGCAGAGCGAUUUCAGAAGCAUUUAGAAAGAGUUGUGGAGAUGAUUCAGAACUGCCUGGCAUCCUUGCCUGAUGAUCUUCCUCAUUCAGAGGGAGGACUGGGAGUGAAAACAGAACCAAUGGACACUGAUGAUGGCAACAAUUGCAUUGGACAGAGUGAGAAACAGAGAGAACGUUCUGGCUGCAAGAGAGAUCAGGUUUUAGAUAAAGAUGCAGCUAUGUGUAGCAUUAUUGAUGAAAUGACAUGAGGGAAGCAUUUAUUAUGUUAGCUUACAAUAGAGAGGCCAAAUGGCUUAUGAGGGUAUAUACUAUAUUUUGUUUUUCUGUUGUACCAGCAAUUGAAACAUUCACACCUACUAGGGGUGGGUGUGAGCUUCUAAGCAGCUGAGGAUAUUUAAUAUUUUGUAUGGGCUGUAUAUUUAUUGGUAAAAACAAAAACGUAUGCUUUGUCCUGUGUGGAUGCUGUUAAAGUUAGCUUUUUGGUAGAACAUUAUUUUGUCACUUGCAGCUUUCUGGGACACGCAUCAUCUUGUAAAUGCCUUAUCCUGUAGAAGCAGGGGAUCUAGCUGACUGAAAUUGAAGCUGACAGUUCCUGCAUUUCAAAUAAAUGUUAGUUGUUUACAUUUGAAAAGAGUCUUUUCAGUUACGUUAUAUUAAAAAAUAAAUCAAUAUUAAGUCUGA